AUGGAAAUCCAAAUUGCAGUCAUUCAUGGAAUAAUGGGUAUAAACAUAUUACUAAAUCUGUUUCUGUUGUUUCCAUGGCUUGAUGCACUGAAGCACUGGUUUCUACGUGUAUAUUCUAACAGCAUAGCAUUUAAGGCAAUAUCUCACGUCCUAAAUGUGUUGUACGUUAUGGUAGUUAUAGUACUAUUUGAUUCAAUUUAUAAGCUGAGUAUCACAGAUAAUAAGAUAUUAGAAUUUCAAUCGCAACGAAACAUGUAUCUCUCAGGUUUUGUGCUAUUCUUAGCAUUUAACUUGUCUAGGCUAGUGAAAAUCAUACAUGUGCGAUUCGCAGUGAGCAAGGACUAUAAAUAUGUGCUAAAACAGCACAAAAAUGCUGAAAUAUUCUUGAAGACCAUUGCAGAAAAAUAUGAAGAGGAGCAAAAGAAAAACAAGAAUUAUCGGGAGGAGGUAGAGCGCCUAAAGAAGUGUUUGAACAGAUAUAAAGAUGAAAUAGGACAGAUUGAAGCUAAUAGAAAAAGUUAUCUAACUCUGAAGGACAAAUAUGACGCGUUAUUGAGCAAGACCCUUAGAGAAAGCAAAAAGAGUAAGUAA